AGCAGCAAAAGUGAGGUGCAUGUCUGUGUGUGUGUAUGGAGCCAUUGGGUGCAGUCACUAUAGCAACCAGGCUCACACCUGCCUGCUUAACGAGCUCUGUCUCACUCUGCCAAGGUUAAUUGUAAAAAUGUCUGUUGAUUCAUCUUAAAAAUUUCUGUUACAACAAAGCGGUUGGAGUUAGAUUAAGUCAACAGGUUCAACAAGUCAGAUUUGACAGGGUUUUGCCACAGAUUAAAAGUAUGUCAGCAGUUAGUAUAAGCCGACUGAAUAGAGCAUUCUCCUUGGCCUUUUAAAUUCAAGCUUAUUGUGUAUUGGUGGACUUGUCUUCUGCACACAGGUUUUUCAGAUCUGGGCAGUUGGAGUCAGUUGAUGACUUUUAAAUACUCCUUUCUGUCUGGAUAAUUAAAGCUCACAGCAUCUACCUGUCUGUAGUGGAUUUUCCCACAUUUUAAAUGAUGUAAUCUCAUUUAAUGUCUCUGUUUUUAGUCUGUAUAGUUUUUCUCCCUACGAAUACACUCAAAGUAGUCUUAAAAUAAAACCCACAAAACAAUUCAAGAUGAAAUACUUUUUAUUUUCUCGUUUAAUGCCCGUUGCCCUCUUUCUCUGUAUGUCACUCAUUUGCUAAUACUCAGGCAAAAAGUACCAAUUUGUAUGCUGAUGUGUCUUGUGUAUUUUUUUUUACCUCUGUCUCUCUAUGACAGAGAAAUGUAUAUGCUCAAUAUUGCUGUUCAAACUGAUGCUCAAAUUACCAAGCACUACCUGAACGCCUCAUCGGUCUUUAACGAAUCACUGCACCAACUGUCGUCAUUCCGCUUUGCUCUCUGCUGUGGAACUUGACUGACAUCUGUGCUUUGCCUGUGUGCAGAAGAACAAGGACCAGAUCUCCAGUCUUCUCUGUCACAUCCCAACCCCACAUCCCCUCUAUCCUCUGUCCUGCUCCACCUGUUGUCUCUGCCUUCUUUCCAUCUGUAUUUCACCCUGUGGUUUGUGAGAAAUUUUGCCAAACCAAGAAUCUUAUUGCGGUUUGAUUUCAAAGCCGUGUCUCUCCUGCUCUGUCUGUUCUCUCUGCUAAAUUUUCUCUCUACCUGUUUUUCACUCUUUGGCUUGCUGCUGAGAAAUGCACAAGCCAAUAAAGCAAUAAAGAGUGCAUAUUUUGCCUCAACCUUUGAACAAACUGAACAAACAAAGAAAACUCUACGGUUUGAUUUCAAAACCGUGUCUUUCCUGCUCUCUCUGUUCUCUCUGCUAAAUUUUCUCUCUACCUGUUUUUCACUCUUUGGCUUGCUGCUGAGAAAUGCACAAGCCAAUAAAGCAAUAAAGAGUGCAUAUUUUGCCUCAACCUUUGAACAAACUGAACAAAGAAAACUCUGCGGUUUGAUUUCCAAGCCGUGUCUCUCCUGCUCUGCCUGUUCUCUCUGCUAAAUUUUCUCUCUACCUGUUUUUCACUCUUGGCUUGCUGCUGAAAAAUGCCAAGCCAUUAAAGCAAUAAAGAGUGCAUAUUGCCUCUACCUGAGAACAAACUGAACAAAUAAAGAAAACUCUAAUUCACGGUUUGAUUGUCAUUUCCCAGCCGCGUCUCUCCUGCUCUGUCUAUUCUCUCUUCUAAAUUUUCUCUCUACCUGUUUUUCAUUCUGGGCUUGCUGCUAAGUUGUGCCAAGCCAAUAAAGAGAGUACAUAAUAUUCUCUCGACUGACAAACUGUCAAACAAACAAAGACAUUGUUUCUGAGAAAUAAAAGCUGAAAUAUAAAGACAAAGAAAACAUCUCCUGCUGUGUGCCACUCUUGUUUUUUGAAUACAUUUUCUAAAGACUAACAGAAACACUUAAAGGUGUGUAAAAAUGCCAAAAAAGCAGAAAAAGUCACAAGCUGCAAAACAACGCUGGAAGAAGUUCCAUGAGUUUCACAAAGUACCAACAUGUGAACAAACUGAGUGUGAUUUUCCUCAGAGCUCUGCAGAAGACCGUGUGUCUGGAAAGACCAAUGCUGAUGGUGUCAAACAGGCAGGUCGACAUGUUCCUGCACAUGUACAACAGGUAUCCUAUGCAGAUGCUGUAAAGACUGGAUUGCAGCAUGCAUUUAAUGAACAUCAGGUAAACCAUAGAGACCAACCUGAGGUGUCAAGUGCCCCACAGGUGGGUUAUGCUGAUAUUGUGAAAAGAGGCCAUCACAGUGAUGUGGCAGGGCCAUCUCAUGCAGAAAGAGUGAACCUUGAAAACCAGCCCUCUGUAACACAUGUCUGUGCAUCUCACAGCCAGGCACAUCCUAAAUAUGGAGACUCCAGAAACAGUCAGUGCACAUGUAACUCACUCACAUUUCUUGCUUUCCUUCAUGAGAAUGAAAACAUGUCUACAGUUGACCUUAAUCUGGUCUUGGAUAAAGGUGAUGUGAUGUACAAAGAGGCCAAGAAAAGAUUCCCCAAGAGUAUUCAUUUGGCAACCGAUGAGCUGCCAGACAAAGUUGAUGCUCACAGGUCUAUGUAUCAUGUCGACAUGACACAGCCUUCCCGGUAUGGGACAUUUGAAGAACCUCCAGAGGAAGCAGUAGAUACCUUUCUCAGCUUAGAAGCAGGACUGAGCUGCCUGUUGUCAGAUGUGCAGUAUGCCUUACUGAUUAUGAGUGGAUUGUGUAUCGCAGUGUUCAGAUCCACAUCAGGAAAAUAUGGGUUCUUUGACCCACACCCCAGAACACCCAGUGGUCUUCCUCUAGCACUAUGGUCACGUAAUCGUGGUACAGCUGUGAUGCUGAAAUUCACACUCCUCAGUGACAUGAUUAAGAGGCUCCAAGAUUCUUAUGAAGAGAUGGAGAUAUCACCCUCUUGUACCUAUGAGCUGAAGCCUGUGCAGUUUUACAGUAUGAGCACAAUCAACCUGAGUGAUACUAUCACAGACACAGUCUGCAGACCAACAGCUGCCACUGCUGUGGCACCUACUCACUCUGAUACAACUGUUGAUGAAGCAAACCCCUUUACUCCAAGGAGAAACACAACCACUGAUCUGACUGAGAACAUCUUUUGUCAAAUGUCCAUUUGUACACCACUGGUGAAACAAAAAGAAGUCCACAUGACUCAGUUCACAUCACAUGAAGAUCAGAAUGAACCUCCUAAUAUACCAACUGAAGAACUAUGCAGUGAAUUAAGUUUCCUUCCAUCAAGGGAUGGUUUUUCAUGUCAAUCAAAUGCUGCAAUAAAAAAUGUUGCUGCCUGUGACCUUUCUGAUAUAGUUUUACAAAAACUGAAAAAAGUUAAUAAACAACAAAGGCACAAAAUGAAAAGAAGAUUAAUGGCAUCAGAGAAACCCAGAAAUCAGAGAAAAGAAAACCAAAAAAGGAAAGAACGACAAAAGUAUGCUUCAAAUAAAGAGUACAAAGAAAAGAAAAAAUCUUGCACAAGCGAGGUAUAUAAAAACAAUCCUGAAGUUAGACAGAAAAAACAACAGUAUAUUAAAAGACGUUACUGUGAGAAUGCUGAAUUCAGAAAUAAACAACAACAGUAUGUUAAAAGACGUUACUGUGAGAAUGCUAAAGUUAGACAAAAUCAAAAACAAUAUAUUAAAAGACGUUACUAUGAGAAUACUGAUUUCAGAGAGGAGAAAAAAAGCUACAUCACUAAAAGGUAUCGAGAAAACUUAGAAUUCAGAGAGAGACAGAGAUGUCGAGUUACUCAGCGGUAUGCAAAUGACAACACCUUCAGAGUAAGACACAGACAACUGAUGAAACAACUAAUGCGAGACAGGUAUCAAAGUAAUCUUGCAUUUAAGAUUAUGCACAACAUGAGAUGUGCCAUGAAAAUAAAAAGGAAAUACAGAUGGGUGAACAGACAAACCCAAGAGAGUGACAACAGUGUGAUCAACGAGGCCAUAUCGGUGUUCAAAUCACAAAUCAAAGUUGGACCAUCAUACCCAUGUACUGUAUGUUUCAAGGCUUCAUUUCCAAACCAAGUACGACCCUGCAGAAGGUCAAAUUAUGUCAAAAACCCACAUGUGGUUGCAACAUGUUUGACAGGAAAGUUUGUUCAUGUUUGUGAUGAAAACUGCAGAAAUGAGCAGUGCAAUGUGCCUGAUGAGAGAAAGAGAGAGUGGAUUUGUCACACCUGCCACAAUCAUCUUAAAAAUGGAUCCAUGCCAGCACUUGCUGUUGCCAAUAAACUGGAUCUUGCUGAUAUUCCACCUGAAUUGUCAGAUCUCAACAUACUGGAGAGACAUCUCGUAGCCAAGUGCAUACCAUUUGCCAAGAUUAUUCCUCUUCCCAAAGGCAGACAAAGAGCAAUUAGAGGAAAUGUGGUCUGUGUCCCAUCAGAGGUACAGGAAACUGUUGAAGCAUUGCCUCGAUUGAGAAUUAAUUCUCAGGUGAUGAGAGUAAAACUGAAGAGACGCUUGUCUUACAAAGGUCAUCAGCUGUUUCAGACUGUAAGCUGGUCUAAACUUGUGCAAGCACUGCAUAAACUCAAGCAGAUUCAUCCACAGUAUAAGGAUGUGAGCAUCAGAGAUGAUGCUGAGCUGUGUGAUCCAACACUUCCUGAUGAAGAUGAGGAGGAUGAUGAUGAAAACAUGAAUGAGGACGAUUAUGAUGAGGCUGAUUUAAUGGAAAUUGACAGCUGUGAGAAAAAUGCACUGAGUGAAGCACAAAAUAAAAAUGAACAGGAUAUUGACAUGUUACCCUGUGAUGGUGAACAACCACAUGAGCAGAUGAGAGAUGAUUCAGAGCAAGCAGAUGGACUGACUAAUGGUGGUUUUGCACUCGAGUCCUGUUUGCAGCCCCCUGAUGUGGCUGAGGAAAUAUUAUGUUUCAGUGAAGGAAUCUACUCUGUUGCUCCUGCAGAGAGAAACAAUCCAAUAAGUUUUUUCAAAACACCUAAACUGGAGGCCAUGGCCUUCCCUGUGCAGUUUCCUACAGGCCAAAACACACUGGAUGAAAGAAGGCUGAUCAAAGUAUCCCCCAGUGGGUAUUUCAAAUCAAGACUUUUCUGCAUUGAUGAUCGUUUUGCCAAAGACACAAACUAUUUGUUCUUUGCACAGUUUGUGACUGAAAUACACUUGGCUACUUCCAGCAUGACAAUCCAGUUAAGGAAGGCAAAGCCUUUGACCAGAGAUGGGAGAAAAAUAACCUCAGGCAUGUUACAAGAUAAGCAUGAGGUUGAGAAACUGGUGCGAAAUAAAGAUGCAGUGAGAUUCAUGCAGCCUCUGAGAGGAACCCCAGCCUAUUGGGAGAAAACAACAAGAGAUCUUUUUGCCAUGAUCAGACAGUUGGGAACUCCCACGUUCUUUUGCACAUUUUCAGCUGCUGAAAUGCGCUGGCCUGAAGUGAUUGAAGCAAUAACAAGGCAGCAAGGUGAACAAGUCAAUUUUGAAGGACUCGACUGGUCAGCAAAGUGUGACAUCCUGAGAAGCAAUCCUGUCACAACAAUGCGCAUGUUUGACAAGAGAGUUGAAGCAUUAUUCAGAGAUUUACUCUUAUCUCCUGCAGAGCCACUUGGCAAAGUCAUUGACUACUUUUACAGAGUUGAGUUUCAGCACAGAGGAAGCCCACACAUACACUGUCUCCUGUGGGUAGAAGGUGCUCCUGUGUUUGAGGAGGAUGAUGAGCAAACUGUUGUUGAUUUUAUAAACAAAUACAUCACAGCUCAGCUGCCUGAUCCACAUAAACAACCUGAACUGUACAAGAAAGUAACAGAAGUGCAAAAACACAGUAAGAACCACACAAAGACGUGCUUUAGGAGUUUAAGCUCCGGGUGCCGUUUUGGUUUUCCCAAACCACCCUGCAAUGAGACAAUGAUCACAAGACCCAGUGAGGAUGAUGAACUGGAAGUAGAAACAGCAAAGAACAAGCUCAGACCACUGAACCAGCUGCUGAAUGAACCUGAAACCGCUUCCAUGAGUUUAAGGCAGCUCUUGGCUCGAUGCAAGUUGACACAUGCAGAAUAUGAGAGAUACCUGAAUAAAAUGAACACAAGGAGUACGAUCAUACUAAAGCGUGAUCCAAAAGACUCUUGGAUAAAUGGCUAUAAUCCACAUCUGCUUGAAGCCUGGAACAGUAAUAUCGACAUAAGCUUUGUUUUAGAUGCUUUCGGCGCUGCAAACUAUUUAAUGAAAUAUAUAUCAAAAAAAGAGGGCGGGCUAUCUGAGUACCUGAAAACUGUCAUUGAAAACUCCCAUAAAGACAGUGUAAAUGAGUGCGAUGAAAUGAGAGCCGUCAUGCAGGCAUAUUCAAAGAAGCGAGAGAUCAGUGCACAGGAGUGUGUUGCUCGUGCAUGUGGUCUUCACAUGAAGCAAUGUUCACGUGCUGUAAUAUUCAUACCAACUGAUGAUAAUCCUGUGAAAAUGAGUCGUCCCCUGUCAGUUCUGGACAACACAACACCUGAGUCUUCCAAUGUUUGGAUGACAUCUUUGAAUGACAAAUACAAAGCCAGACCUGAAACACCAGAGUAUGAGGAGAUGUGCAUGGCAGACUUUGCUGCUACUUGCAGGAUUGUGUAUGGCCAACAGACAAAAGGUAAAGAUGUUUUGCCCCUUCUCAAUGAGAUGGGAUUUGUGCAAAGGCGCAAAAACGAUAAGCCUGCUAUCAUCAGAUUUCACCGCUGCUCACAAGAAAAACAUCCAGAGCAAUAUUACGGAAGACUGCUUAAACUGUACCUUCCUCAUCGUUCAGACCACGAACUGAAAACACCAUCGUUGCCAACCUAUCAGGCUUUCUAUGGUGCUGGCUGUGUACAGCUACCAGGUACUGACUGUCUUGAGUACGUGCAACACAUUGUCAAAAGAAACAGAGAGAAAUAUGAGAAAAACAGCGAGGAGAUUGAGAGCGCUGUUGAGGAAUAUGAGCAGAACAGAGGUGUGACUGACGAAUGGUGUAAUCUGGCACCUGAAUCAGAUCUCGUAAGGUUGCCACUUGUUGAACAAGAAAGAGAGCAAGACAAUGAAAAUGAACAGGAAGAUGUGCCCGACUACAGCCGUCAGGCUGAUGCUUCAACAGAAGUCAGAGCCAUCAGGGAACCCCCUGCUAUUGAUCCCACAUUGUUACGUCAGAUGUUUCAGAAUCUGAAUAAGAAGCAAGCCUGCAUAUUUUAUGCAGUUAGAGACUGGUGCAUUAAAAGAGUCUGUGCUCUAAAUCCGGAGCAGUUUUUCUUUUAUAUUAAUGGUGGUGCUGGAACAGGAAAAUCACAUCUUAUCAAAUGCAUCUACUCAGAAGCAUCUAAGAUACUGAGCAAAGUGCCCAGAUAUGCAGACGACGUUGACAUAUCAAAACCCACUGUCCUGUUAACUGCUUUCACUGGGACUGCAGCAUUUAACAUUUCUGGAACAACUCUGCAUUCUCUUCUCAAGCUCCCUAGAAGCUUAAAACCUCCCAUUCAGGGACUUGGCAAUCAGCUGGAUGAAGUCAGAUCAGAACUUUUGAAUGCUGAAAUAAUCGUCAUUGACGAAGUGUCUAUGGUGUCAAGACAUCUCUUUGCAUAUGUAGAUGCAAGACUCAAACAGAUCAAAGGGACUCGGAGACCCUUUGGAGGCAUGUCAGUCAUUGCUGUUGGAGACUUCUAUCAGCUACCCCCAGUGCGACAGUCGAAACCUCUCUGUGUGCACGACCCGUCCGAGAUCGACCUGUGGCGGGAGCAUUUUCAGAUGAUCACUCUGACUGAGAUUAUGCGUCAGAAAGAUGAUGUUGUCUUUGCUGAGAUGCUGAACAGAAUCCGUGUGAAAGGAAAGUUGGAUGUGCUUUGUGAAGCAGAUAGAAAUUUGUUGUCACAGGCCAUAACUGAACCAGCCCAUUGUCCGACUGAUGCGUUGCACAUUUUUGCAACUAACAAAGAAGUGGAUGCACACAACUCUGCAACACUGGGUCUGCUCCAUACUCAUAUCAUUGACAUCCAUGCAGAUGAUUAUAGAAAGGAUCCUAGAACUGGCAGAAUGCAUUACAAGACAGACCAUUCAAAGGAGGUAAAAACGAGUUACCAGACACACUGA